UGUCUGUCUGUGUGUCAGACCACCGGUGCAGUCGUACGUACACACCCAUCGAGGACAAACGGCGCUGAGGCAGAUCUGCAGAGAAAAUGUCUGCCGCUGCACGCAGGGUGACUGCUGCAUUUCCAAAAGCGACAAUGAAAACUUCCCCAACAAGGAAAGAGAGACGUUUGCCUGCACGCAGUUACAUCACGUGUUCCAGGUGAAGGUUGUGAGUGUGAGUCAGAGUUACUACGACAAAUAUGAGAUGGAGAUCACACGAGUUAUCAAGUUGGGUAUUGAGGCUGGAGUUGAAGUCGGCCAGAAACGAUUUUUCAUGUCUCACGGAGGCUGCAGAGAGGGACUCAGUCUGCAGAAAGGGUCUCAGUACCUCAUCAUCGGCCCCAAGGAGGACCAGUGGAACAUCGACGUCGAUACCAAAAGAUACAACUACAUGCUGGGGAAGGACACGUGGGUGGAGCGCUGGCCUUCAUCUGCAUGCGCCAGCAACCCCAGACUGCAGCUCAAAUGCACCAGCCUGGAGGCGGCGACUCAGGAGCUGUCCGUUAACGGCUGCAGGCUGUAAGAGAAACGACCACAAACUCGUCAA